AUGAUUUAUGGCUCAUUUGUGAGGAUUUUUCUGCUGGGGAAGAGUGUGUCAGAUAACAGUGGAGUGGGAAACUUCAUUUUAGGACGAGCAGCGUUUGACAGUGAAGCUCCUCCUGAUGUUGUGGAGAGAGUCGGAGGAAGAUUGAAGGACAGACAUGUGAUCAUCAUCAACAGUCCUCAGCUGCUCCAGACACAUUUGUCACUCCAUCAGAUCACACAGACAGUAAGAGAGUGUGUUAAUCUGUCUGAUCCAGGACCCCAUGCAUUCAUUCUAGUACUACAGUGUGAAGACAUCAUUGAGAAGGACAUCAGAAGAGUGAAUUAUGUCAUGAAAGAAUUCAGUGAAGAGGCGAUGAGACGCACUAUAGUGAUCACGACUGAUAAAGACACUGAUAAAAGGGCCUCUGUGAGAGCAAAUGAAUUAACUGAACAGUUAACUGCAGGGUGUGGAGGAGGACAUCUUAAGUUUGAUAAUGAAAAGGAGAUAUUUCGCUCUGGAAUAUCCCAGUGUUUAGAGAAGAUACUUAGAGAAAACCGUGAAGAAUUUCUCAUCUGUGAGCUGUAUGAUAAUGCUGAAGAAACAUCAGUGGUUGAAGAGCAGAGCAGUUCUGUAGGUUCAGUCAGAACUAAGGAGCAAAAGGAAGGUUCUUAUAAACAUGAUGAUGGAAAACGCAAAGACAAUAAUACAGGGAUAAAGGAAGCAAAAGGCUGUAUUGUCCUGCUGAAAGAGGUCACCACCAUUAGGGAAUGCCAUUGCCAUGAAGGGGUGUAUGUGAUCCUAGAUUUUCCAGCAGAACAUUGGCCAGAGCAUUACACUGCCUCUGGCCUCCACCUUCCCAUAGUGCAUCCUGCUGCCAUCUGUUUCCCAGGUGGUGCAAGUGUCACUAGACAACAGAAACUGAACUUAGUGCUAUGGGGAAGUGAUGAUUCACUGAAGACUUCCGUAUCCAAGCUUAUAAGAGGGAUUAAGAAACAUGAGAGAGAGAGAAGAUCAGAGUGUGUGAGGAGAGACGUGGAGCUUCAUGGACGUCUGGUCAGUCUGCUGGAGCUUCCAGCUCUGUGCAACACUCGGCACUCAGAAGAGGAAGUGAUGCGUCAGACUCUCCGCUGUGUGUCUCUCUGUCAUCCUGGAGUUCAUGCUUUCCUCCUUAUUAUUCCUGAUGCUCCAUUGACCAGUGAAGACAAAGCAGAAAUGGAGGAGAUCCAGAGGAUAUUCAGCUCAAGAAUCAAAAAACACAUCAUGGUCCUCAGAAUCAAAGAGAAAAACGUGAUUAGUAAACUAAUUGGUAAAAUCGGUCUGUUUCAUUCUUCGGCUACUGAGUCAUCUCUUCAGUCAUUUGAAGGUCACCAGUUUGUUCUGGAGAACAGCUCACAGGUUCCUGAUCUACUGCAAGAUGUAGAGAACAUGGUACAAGAGAAUCGAGGAAGAUGCUACACGACCUACAUGUGCUUUCAGGCACAAGUAGAACUGGAGAGAAGUAAAUGCACAUCUCAAAUAGAGGAAGUGAGAAGAUCUGUGAUGAAAACAGCAGGUGUUACACGCAUUGAUGAUGAUGAUGAUGAUGAUUUGAGGAUUGUGCUGCUGGGAAAGACAGGAGUUGGAAAGAGUGCAACAGCAAACACUAUACUGUCAAGAAACGAUUUUGUUUCUAAAUUAACUUCACGGUCAGUGACCAGAGAAUGUCAGAAAGAAACCUCUGAGUUCGACAGCAGAGAGAUAACUGUGAUCGACACUCCAGGCCUGUUUGAUACUGGAGUUGAUAAUGUUGAGACCAGGAAGGAGAUUGUGAAGUGCAUCUCAAUGGCGGCUCCGGGUCCACAUGUGUUUCUGCUGGUGAUUCAACUGGGACGAUUCACUCAAGAGGAGAAAGAUGCAGUGAAGAUGAUCCAGGAGACUUUUGGAGAGAAAUCCAGAAUGUACACCAUGGUGCUUUUCACCAGAGGAGAUGAUCUUAGAGGAGCAAGAAUUGAAGAUUUUGUUGAAGAUGAUGAUAGCUUGAAGAACCUCAUACAGCAGUUUGGAAAGAGAUACCAUGUGUUCAGUAACACUGAGACUAAAGAUCAGACGCAGGUUUCUGAGCUGCUGGAGAAGAUUGACUGUAUGCUGGCAGCUAAUGGAGGGAGUUUCUACACCAGUGAGAUGUUCCAGCAGGUGGAGAAGAACAUCAGAGAGGAACAAGACAGAAUCAUGAAAGAGAAAGAAGAAGAGAUCAAGAGAACAGAAGAAGAACUGAAAGCCAAAUAUGAAGCAGAAAUUGAAGAAAUUAAGAAAGAAAAGGAGAGAGAACGACAAGAGAUGCAGAAUGAACUGAGAAAAAGAGGAGAGGAAUUUAAAAAGAGAGAGGAAGAGAUCAAGAAAGAAACAAAUGAGAAUCUGAGAAAAGAGCUACAGAGAAAACUGAAAGAGAAGCAGAAGGAAUUUGAAGAGGGGAAUAAAAUCAAAGAAAAGGCUUCAGAAGAACAACAACAGAACAUCGUAAAAUACCUGGAAGAAAAACAUGAGAAAGAAAAACAAAAGCUCCAGAAGAGAACUGAAAGAAAAACAAGAAAACAAGCAGAAUGUGAAUAUCGCGAAAAACUUGAGCAAGAAGUGGCCAAAGCUUUAGAAGAAGCUGAAGAAAAGCUCCCGAUCUCUGCAAAGCGCGCUCGUGACUGGAGUCAGUGUAUUCCUGGUAUUGGAGGAGCUGCUGGAGGUUUAGUUGGUUCUCUUGAAGAAUUUGUGCGUUGGAUCACUCAGUGUCGAGCUCACUUUAGAUAAAUUGGGACAUACUGUAUCACCUGAAGCACACAUUACGAUAUAUAUGUAUAUGCAUUGCCUAAUUUUCAAAACCCUUUUGUGUGUGUGAGUGCUGUGAUAGUUUUGUUGAUGUUUGUCUCCAAAGAAUGAAGGAAAACAAUGAUUAUUUUGCUAUGUUUUUACUUGCUUUGUAGUUUAUUUAUUUAUUAAUCAUAUUUGAUUGUAGCAGUAACUUUAUAUCCAGAGAUGGACAUCAGCCCAAAGUCGCUAGUUUAAUUGGUAACAUAAGUAACUGUAUUCUGUAAUAAUGUAUUCUGACUCCAUUUUAGAUUGCU